AGGGGAGCCCCUGUUGGCACAGAAUAUGCACUGGCAAAAAUCUUCCACACCUGAGCAACCGCCCCUGCCACGCCCCUAUCAAGGUGUCCGCGUCAAAGAGCCCGUGAAGGAGCUUCUGAAGCGAAAACGUGGAAGUGUUCAGAAUGCAAACGUGGCUGCAGGAACCACGGUGUUUUUCCCUCACCAGCCGCUGCCAUCCUAUUCGCCCACUGGUCAGGUCUGUGCAGAAUCCGACUUGGUUGCUCCUUCGUUGCCCGUUACUGACGAAACCUCGCUCUACUCCGGGUGGCUGGCACAACCGCCGCCAGCUUCUCUGCAGCCUUUGACCCAGUGGACCACCUACCCGGAUUACGUGCCGCACGAAGCGGUCAGCUGCCCUUAUACAGCGGAUAUGUACGUUCAGUCCAUGUGCCCCAGCUACACGCUUGUCGGGACGUCUUCGGUACUGACCUACGCAUCGCAGCCCCUGAUCACAAACUUUGCGGCGAGACCCUCCACUCCAGCUGUCGUGCCUCAUCUAGACGUGAUGGACCAGCAACCGCCCCUGAGCUAUUUCCCCUGGACUCAACCCAUCUCGACAUUGCCGGCCCCUUCUCUGCAGUACCCAGCAGCUUCGACGGCCCUCCCGGCCCCCCAAUUUGUUCCUCUCCCCAUUUCGGUUCCAGAACCGGUCUCCCAAGAGCUGGAGGAUGCGAGAAAGGAGAUGGGCACGUUGACCAUUGAGAAGCUUCUUUUGCAAGACGAGAACACCAGCAGUGCCUAUGAUUUAAACAGCGGCCUCCCGGUUGAAGGACUUUAA